AUGAUCGACGCUGCCCAAAAACUCCGGGUGCUGGUCGUGCACGGUUUUGCGUCGAACGGGCAUGCGUUCAAGAAGCGCACGAGUGCGCUGCAGAAAGCGUGCCGCGACGUAGCCGACCUGAUCUUUCUUGACGCGCCGAUCCAGGUGCAGGCUCUGCCGAGCGAGGCGAACCCCGAGCCGGGGCCGCCGAACCCCGACGACCCGAUUGAGAAGCAGGCGCUGGCGUGGUGGCGCCACAACAAUGACCAGUACGAGGGGUGGGCCGACACGGCCAAGUUCCUCGAGCGCAAGUUCCAGGAGCUCGGCCCGUUUGACGGCGUGCUGGGCUUCAGCCAAGGGGGGUGCCUCGCCGGCGUGCUCGCCGCCGCGCUCGAGCACCCCGAGCUGGUGCCCGACUUUCACGGGACAUUUCAGCGCGAGCGAUUCCGCUUUAUGAUAUCCGUGUCGGGCUUCCGCGCGCGCCCGGACGCGUUCCAGGCGCUGAUGGACGCCAAGAUUGCAACGCCGGCGCUCAUCAUCCGCGGCAAAGAAGACAUGAUUGUUCCGCCGCAGCUCACCGAGACGCUAGUCGAGGUGUGCUCGAAUGUGCGUGUGGCCGAGCACGGGGGGGGGCACUACCUGCCGACACCUGCGCCAUGGCGCAAUUUUGUGCGUGACUACAUCGAGGCCUUCCGCUCGGGGCAGCCGGACGCCUGGCGCACGAUCCCGGCGCCACCGUGCGAGGAGGAGAACUCGGAUUCGAAACUAUAG